AUGGGCAAAGAAAGCAAGCCUCAUCCUAUUAUUAAUAAAUACAACGUAGAUGGAGGGAAAACCAUUUGUUCAAUUUGCAAAAAAGAAUAUGAUUCGCCUUUGAACAUUUCAACAGCGAAAAAUCAUUUUAGAAAAAACCAUCUUAAUAUCUGGAAUGAAUUAAAGUCAGAUCGUAAAGGUGGAAAAACUAAAUCUCGCCAUAAAGUUUAUGAUUAUUUUUCAGUAAUUGAUUCCGGAGAAUAUCAGUGUAAUUUAUGUCCUCAAAAGUAUAAUGAGCCUCACUGUAACGAGUUAAAGUAUCAUUUUUCUCGUUAUCAUAAGGAAAUUUGGAAUUUUAUUAAAGGAAAAAAGAAAGAACGUGGUGAUAGAAUCAUUCAAGAAAAUUAUAAUGAAGGCAUAGCUGAAAGCUCUCAAACUGACUUUAUGAAAAACGAUGAAAUUCCGGAUCAUGAUACUAUUAACAUUUCUAAUUCUAGUAACAAUGAUGAUAACGAUGUAGAAAUGGCAGAGAACAUGAAAAAAGUUAGUCUCAUAGAAUCUAUUGACAUGGAAAAUGAAAAUACGGAAGUUAAGAUUAAAAGAGAUGAAAUUAAUAUUAAAGGAAAAGCAAAGGUUAAUUUUAAGUGA